CUGGCGCCCUCGGGCCGGGUGCUGGUGGGGCCCGGCCAGCUGCGGGUGCUCAACGCCUCCCGGGAGGACGCCGGGACCUACAGCUGCCGGCAGCGGCUCACCCAGCGCACCCUGCGCCGCUUCCUUGUGCGGGUGACAGAGGCCCCGUCCUCGGGAGACGACGAAGACGGGGAGGACGAGGCUGAAGAUGCAGCAGGGGCCCCUUACUGGACGCGGCCUGAACGGAUGGACAAGAAGCUGCUGGCUGUGCCUGCCGCCAACACCGUGCGCUUCCGCUGCCCUGCGGCCGGCACCCCCACCCCGUCCAUCUCCUGGCUGAAGAACGGCAAGGAGUUCCGGGGCGAGCACCGCAUCGGGGGCAUCAAGGUGACCGCGGGGGCGGGCCCCGACCUGCCCCUGCGCCCCAAGCAGGUGUCCUUGGAUUCCGACUCAUCCAUGAACUCGAACACGCCCCUGGUUCGCGUGGCCCGCCUGUCCUCCGGGGAGGGCCCCACUCUGGCCAACGUCUCGGAGCUCGAGCUGCCCGCCGACCCCAAGUGGGAGCUGUCCCGUGCCCGGCUGACCCUGGGCAAGCCCCUUGGGGAGGGCUGCUUCGGCCAGGUGGUCAUGGCAGAGGCCAUUGGCAUUGACAAGGACCGGGCGGCCAAGCCUGUCACCGUGGCGGUGAAGAUGCUGAAAGAUGAUGCCACCGACAAGGACCUGUCGGACUUGGUGUCGGAGAUGGAGAUGAUGAAGAUGAUCGGCAAGCACAAGAACAUCAUCAACCUGCUGGGGGCCUGCACGCAGGGCGACACCCACCAGAGUGACGUCUGGUCCUUUGGGGUCCUGCUCUGGGAGACCUUCACCCUGGGGGGCUCGCCAUACCCCGGCAUCCCUGUGGAGGAGCUGUUCAAGCUGCUGAGGGAAGGCCACCGCAUGGACAAGCCGGCCAACUGCACGCACGACCUGUACAUGGUCAUGCGGGAGUGCUGGCACGCGGUGCCGUCCCAGAGGCCCACCUUCAAGCAGCUGGUGGAGGACCUGGACCGCGUCCUCACCGUGACGUCCGCAGACGAGUACCUGGACCUGUCGGUGCCUUUCGAGCAGUACUCGCCGGGCGGCCAGGACACCCCCAGCUCCAGCUCCUCGGGGGACGACUCCGUGUUUACCCACGACCUGCUGCCCCCCGCAUCCUCCGGCAGUGGGGGCCCUAGGACGUGAAGGGCCGCAGGCCUGCAGGCCGAGCCCCACCAAUGUGAUCGUGGACCCCGGCUUCCCUCUCGCUGCUGCUGCUGCUGCUGCUGCUGCUGCUGCUGGUGUGCAGUCCAUCGGCCCAGCCCGGUGGGCAGGCAGGUGGACAGACGCUGGUCCAAGUGCGUGCGUUUUCAGGGCCCGGUGCUGGGGUCCCCGGGCGCCUCCCUGCUGUGCAACGACCUCCUGGCCGGGUGUGCCCGGCGGCACGGGGGGCCGAGUGUAGAAUGUAAGGGGUUCCUCCCUAUAGCCCUCCCCGGCUCCCUCGCCCCCGCUGGCAUCCGCCGGCGCGCCGGGCAGGCUGAGCCCCGGCGUCCAGGACGGGCAGAGGGGGCCGCGUGCCCACAGCUGAGCCUGCAGGGCCGCCCCGGGAGCCCCUCCCUCGCACACUCCUGGGGUGAGUGUCCGCACACAGCUCCGCUCCAGGCCUCCCCGCGCCCCCCACCCCUCGGAGACUGAAAUUACGGGUACCUGAAGGCGGAGCCUUUAACGUCUAUCUGAAAGGUUUAUUCCAGAAACAAGUGUACAUUUAUAUACAUAGAUGCCGUGUAUGUGAUGCACAUACGUAUAUAUAUAAGAAUCUAUAUGGGAGGAGAAAGGCUGGCUCAGCCAGGCGGGGGCCCCGAGGGGCCCCGACACCAAGCUUGGGCCGACCGAUUGGGCCUGGACCUGCAGGCUUGUAAAGUUAUUUAUCGGCUCCCAGGCACCCCCCACCCCGCCCACGGAGCUGCCAGCCUGAGUUUCAGCCCAGUGGCCGCGCGGAGGGGGACGCAGCGGCCACCAGCCCCCACCCCGUGCCCUGGGGGGCCGUUGCGGCCGGACCCAGUGGACACACCCUUUCCUUGGCUUUCUGCAGGGGAUUCGAUUUCUGUAGGAUUUUUCUAGAUUUAUUUUUUGGAAUUCACAACUGGCUGGUGUGUCCUACAGCUGUUUUAACUGCUCGCAAGGGGGUGCCACGAGGGGCCUGCCGCGGGUCGCUGUUCUAGAUGUUACAGGUUUAUAUAUAUAUAUCUAUAUAAUUUAUUGAGUUUUUACGAGAUGUAUUCGCUAGAUUAACACUUCUUACGCAGUGCUUCUGGACGGCCCCCAACUGCCCGUCAAAGCUUGGGCGGGCGCCCGCCGCCUGUCCGCUCUGCCCGUCGUGACGCUGGCUUUCGGGGCUGUCCUCUGCCGCCCGCUGGGCCGCCGGGCAGGGUGCCGGGAGUCCUGGCUCCGGGGUGCCUGGCCGGUGGCGGCCCGAGCCGGCAGAUGUACAUCCCCAAAAUAAAGACGCGACUGGUUCAGUGCCUGCCCCAGCGUUCCUGCCUCCUGUCCUGGGCCCCAGGGUGCUGUCCUGCUGCCCACGGGGACAGGCCUGUCCUCUCCUCUGCCCCGAGGAGGGGGCGGGAGCUGCAGCCGCAGGUCACGGCUCCCCAGGGUCCCCCCUCAGUCUCUAGCUGCUGAGUCAAGCCUGGGUGAGGGCGCGGCGUCUAGUGGGCUCCCCGUGGAACCUGUCUGCGGCCUGUCUGCGGCUGGGGGGCGCAGAGCACAGGCACCGGGUGUUCACAGAGCGGUGGGGACCUGGGUUGCGGUGCCAGGAAGAAGGCCCGGCUGCCUGCCCCUGCUGGCCCCCCAGCUCUCGGAGCCCAGUGGACUCAGGUCGU